AUGACCCCUCCGGCAAGCAUCCCUCCCUCCUUUUACGGCACGUCAGUCAAAUCCACCUUGUCAUCACAGAAAGGUUCUGAGCAGAUAUACAGUGACAGUAAUUGGGCCCAGUUUCCUGAUCCGCCUACACAGGAUAAUAUCCUUGCCUGGUGGUUUCAUCUUCAAGAAGACCUUCUCUCAGAAUCACACAGCACCUACUACACCACAGCAAGUAAAGUGGAUCUUACAGGUUUGAAGGCAGAAUUGCAAGUUGACCUCCUUUUGAGAGCUAGGGGUGGGAGACCCUUGCAAAACAAACACGACUGGAGAGACAUCCUGAUGGUUGGCGAGCUCAAAAAUUCAAAGAAGAAGCUCAGGAUCAAAGACACAUUGCUGCAGAUAGGCCACUGCAUGCAUGAGGUCUUUGCUGCACAGCUCACCUUGUGGUUCAUCCACACAUUCACCAUCUGCGGAACCAAGAUGGAGGCAUGGGUGUUUGACCGCUCGGGCGCCUACAGCUCAGGCGUCAUCAAUAUCCACGCAGACUUGAGACAGUUCCUUCAGGUGCUUGUGGGCUACACAAUGAUGAGUGAUGAGGAGCUAGGCCUGGACAUCUUUAUUGCUAGGGAUGAAGGCGGCAGCAAGUCAAUAACUGUCAAAGAGCCUGGGUCAUCAGAGGAAAUGGUGCUGCAGCUGAGUGAAAUUCUUUUCUUUCAAUGUGCCAUUGUGUGUUGUGGGACCACAUGUUUUCUCACAGGCAAUGGACAAGUGGAGGGUGUAGCCAAGCUCUCAUGGGUAUCAGACAAGCAGCACUCAGAGGUGGAACUCUUCAAGCUAGCAGGUCAAAAAAAUGUCCAAGGGGUUGCCAGGAUCAUUGGCCACAGUACCAUCACCAGCAUCGCUGACAUGCGCUGCAGUCUGACCUUUGAUGACAAACACCACAACUUCAAAAGCACAUCCCCCAGUACUGCCUCCUCAUUUCAUCAAUCCUGUCAAAAAUCAUCUUCUAGGAAACGCAGAUCUCCAGGCAAGGGGAUGCAGGUGUCCAAACAAUCACGUUCCACCAACCAACUGUCAAGGGCCCCUCAGCAGGAGAAUGAACUAGCUUUCUCCAUUCAAUCAGCACACCAGCCAAGCCUCUUCAACAGGAAUGGUGAGGAACCCUAUGAUGACUGUGUCCUCUGCUGUCUGGUGAUAUCACCUGCUGGUCAGCCAAUCUACAAGUACAAAUCACCCUUGGAGCUGCUCAUGGUGCUUCAUGGUGCAAUAAAGGCGCACCAGUCUCUUUACCUGGAUGGAAACAUCCUUCAUCAGGAUAUUUCAGAGAACAAUAUAAUAAUAACUGAUCCUGAAAAGGCGGAUGGUCACUCUGGCAGGCUCAUUGAUCUGGAUCUUGCCAAGGAAGUUCGCAGUGGGCGAAGUGGCGCACAGCACCAGACUGGCACAAUGGAGUUCAUGGCAAUUGAGGUGCUGCUUAAUAUUGACCACACCUAUCGGCAUGAUCUCGAGCCCGAAUUUAGUAUGCUCAGGAAAUGGUACACCGGCAGCUACGAGGAAAUUGCAACUUAUAAACGAGGCAACAUGGAAGCUGGCGGCUUUGAGCGCAUCCUGAUGAAAGAAUUUCCUCCAUGGCUAUACGACCCUAUUAUUAAGGCCUAUGAUGAUGCAAUAGCCCUGAUUGAAACCGAAUAG